AUGUUAAUCUAUGUUUCUGGCUUUUCUCGUCGACGACUACAUUUUGCUGUUUGUAUCCUCCUCUCAAUAUUUCUCGUCUGCGUUCUCCAAUCAGCUACAUCAAGAACUUAUGUUGACGUUCAGCGUACUAGAAAUUUAUUAUUACUUGCAGAAAAGAAAUCAUUUUGCUCUCAACGAUCUGUUCGACGUGGAUUCAAUCAACAUGUUCUGAGCGUUUCUGCUUAUGAAUCCGACGAUCGUAUUCAAUUGAAAAGUAACCUCACAUGGUUUUAUAUCGAAGUAUUUGCUCGACAAGCCAAGAAAUUUUAUCCAUCAUGGAUUGUACGUGUUUAUUAUUAUAAUUUAGUCAGUAAAAGUCAAGCUGAUAUUGAUAAUUUCGAACAACUGCAUGAGAAUGUUGAUUUUUGUCCAGCUGAAGAUUUACCAGUAUUAGGCAAUAUUAAAAACAAAUUACCAGGCAAAAUUCAACGAUUCUUACCUGCCAUUGAUCCAUUCGUUGGUGUGACACUGGUUCGUGAUCUUGAUUCUGAUAUAUUCGAUCGCGAAGUCCAAGCAGUGAAUGAAUGGUUAACAAAAACAGACUAUGCAUUCCAUAUUAUGCGUGAUAACAGGGUGCAUAAUAUUCCGAUGCUUGGUGGCUUAUGGGACGUCGCUUCCAAUCGAUUGUCUAUGAAAGAUCGAUUAACAAUUGCCAAUAGACUUUUACCGUCAGAUAAAGAAGAAGAAAUCGAACAGUUCUGGAAAUCUUAUUCGAAAAGAGGAGAUCAACUAUUCUUAGAACAUCAUGUGUGGCCAAUUGCUCGUCAAAAUGCGCUCGCACACGAUUCAUUUUCUUGUUUUUGGUCACGUUACAUCUAUCGAACAGAUACACGUCCUUUUCCAACCAGAAUUGAACAUCCAACAUGUUUUCUUGGAUGUCCGAAGCCAUGUUGUACAAACGAAUCACGAUCUAGGACAGACUUUUCAUCAUUCAAACAGUGUCCGGCUAUGUGUCGACCAGAAGAUCAUAAAGAUUGGAUAUUUUGUUAA